AUGUUUUCUACAGACGAUCGAGCCGACGAUGAGAGAGCUAACCCUCUCCUUGAUCUCGAUGUAAGAAGAAACAAUCUCUCUGCAGCGAAAUCUAGGCAGCUACCACAUAGUUGCGAAUUGUUACACUUGAGCUUUCGUCGGUCGACAUUCAAAAACCGAUUUCAUCAUACAAUCCUUCUUCGGAUGCGUGGCGCUGGCACUCCUGAUGUAAGAUUAUCUGCAAUAUUUGAAGUCGUCGGCUGCUGGUGGCACGGAGCCUUGACCAGGGGAAUGUGA